AUGAUUUUUGCAUGCAAAGAGAUAAGCUUGGGGCACAGAGGGUGGAGGUUAAGGGUGCUGGAGGCAUUCAUAAUAAUUUUAGCAUUCACCGAGUUGAUCUAUCUUCUGUUGCUUCAUGCUGGGAUGCUUAGUAGCAGGUAUGGUCCAGGUUACCGCGACACUGGUUAUGGCGCUGGAGUGCCCUCCGACGAUCCAGAACACAAGGGUGGUGCUACGACAGCAACGAGGGUGGUGUGA